UUCUAUUAUCUAAACCUAGAUCAAUAUCUCCUUACUAAUACUAUAGGUUGCAUAGGGUUUUUGUAUUACUUUGUUACCUUGCUACUGCCAAAUCUGGACACUACUCACUACUGACUGGACACUGAAAGGACCUUAAAAUGUAUUAUCAGUCUAACUAUCCGCCAUACAACCCUGGGGAUUCAGUGUAUCCUCCACAGUACCCCAACUCCGGCCCUCCACCACCCCCUAUGGCUAUGAAUGCAUACAGUGCAUAUAAUGUCAAUCAAUAUCAAGUGCCAUCAAACAAUUAUACCUAUUACCAACCCCCUGGCAUGAUUCCUGGCUUUGCAAAUGUCCCCAAUGUACAGCAGAUGCAUUUACAGUCUCUGCAAAUGACAGAGCAGCCACCCCAAGUGAUGGAUAUGCCUACAUCAACCUACCUGAAGACAAUGGACUCUCACCUGCAGUUUUACCAGAGGCAGAAACAGGUGGAGCUAAUGGAGAGACUUGAAGAAAUGAUAAGGAAUGGACAGAAUGUGAAAGAAAAAAAAGCAGAAGAGAUCCUAGAGCCCCAGCCAGUUCAGCCUGCUGAGCCAGUAAAACAGGUUCCAACACUGUCAGAAGAGGCCAUCAAACAGACACUUAAGGAGGAGAUGAAGAGAGUGUUUGUCGCUGAGUUACUGAGACGACAGAAGGUUUCCGGCACCUUUGACAUGACGGAAGGGACUGUGAAACCAUUCAAGAAGUACGAGACCGGAGACCCUGUAGCUGAGUGGUACCUCAAGAACAGAAGCAUGAGCAUGGUUGGCAAAGCCUGGGACCCAGAGUGUGAUUGCGAGUACCUAAGGGCGGCCAUGAAGGGAUUAGGUACAAAUGAUGAUGCCAUUAUUUUAGUUGUAUCAACCAGAUGCAACCAACAAAGGCAGGAGCUCAAAGAUAUGUUUAAAACUCUAUACGGCAGAGAUUUAAUCACUGACUUGAAGGGUGAGCUAAGUGGUGACUACAAGGAGCUGGUCAUGGCACUGUUUGUCAGCCCUGCUGAAUUUGACGCCUGGUGUAUAAAAGAAGCAAUUUAUGGUCUAGGUACAGAUGAGCAGGCACUUGUGGAAAUAUUGCUGACACGCACCAAUGAUCAAAUAAAAGAAAUAAGGGCAGUUUACCCUAAAGUUGUCCAUAAAACCAAACUUGCCAAGGACUCUCAGUUUGAGAAAGACAUAAGAGAUGACACAAGUGGUGACUUUAAAAGGCUUCUCAUCUCAGCUUCAAUGGGCAAGAGAUAUGAGAUCCCACCGGAGAAGUUAGAGGCUGCGGUGGAGGAGAUCAUCAACCCACAAGAUGGAACAGGAACAGGAAUGUUUGAAGUCAACUACAGCAAACUUUGUGACCCAGAGAAAGCUAAAAUUGAAGCACAGCAACUCUACAAGGCUGGGGAGGCGAGAUGGGGAACUGAUGAGGAGACGUUCAACAGAAUCUUUUCAUCCCGUGACUACUACCAGCUACGGGCCAUAUGGGACGAGUAUGUCAAAAUAACGCAGAGAGAUAUCUUAAAUAGUGUUGACAGAGAAACCUCUGGAGAUUUUAGGCAAGGCCUCAGAGCCAUUGUUAUGAAUAUCAGAAGUCGGCCCAUGUUCUUUGCUGAAAAACUAAGGGAUGCCAUGAAAGGUCUAGGCACUGAUGAGAGAACCUUGAUUCGUAUAAUAGUUUCCAGGUCUGAGAUUGACAUGGUGCAGAUAAAAGAAUGUUUUCUCAAACUUACCAACAAGACAUUGUGGCGAUGGAUUAAAGAAGAUACCAGCUUCAACUUUAAGAAACUACUUCAGGCUAUUGUCGGGAAAAAUUAACUUUUGUUUUCUUUGUACUUCUUAUAUAAGAGUUGAAAUUUUCUAUCACAAUAUUUAUUUGAAUGUGAUAACCCAUUUACUGUAAGCCACAUGAUAAAGUAGUGUUCACAUAAAUUUAGUAAAAAUAUUUGUUAGAUGUUUCUUUUUUCCUGUCUUUCAGGAUUUGGGUUAAAUUUGUUUAUGUAAGGUUUGUUUCUUGACUUUAUUUACACAUUUUAUAAUUAUACAAGAAUAUAAUGAAAAGUUAUUUUACAAUAUUUUAAUUUUAUAUAAUGUAAAUGAACUUAUAUUUAUUUUUGUAUAGUAAUGUAUAGGACGAUUUUCUCAUAUAAAAACAUGUUACAUUUAUUUCAGUUAAAAUAAAAUAGCUAUUUCAGUUUUUUAUAAGGUUUUUUAACCUAAAAACCUGACCUUCAAAACAAAACAAAAACAAACCCACAGUUAUAGAUAUUAUUAGUAUACCAUUGACAUAUAUUUGUGUUCCCUUUACAGUUUUAUUUUUUUAUCCAGUCAACAAUAUAUUUUUUUACCUUAGGGCAAUAAGAUUUUAAUUACUGUAUAUACACAUUUAAUUUACAAUCUUAUAUAUUUUAUUUUAUUUUUAAUUUGUCUCCAGCACAAUGUAUAUUUCAUUACUCAUGUUGUUAAAAUGUAAGUAAAAAGUUUAGUAGUAGAUGAUAAUGUAUGAUAGCGGUAUGACUUGUAUUUUUUAUUACAAAAUAUUCUUUAAAAAAUAAAAACUUUUGAAUUAAAUUUAAAUUAUUUUUACCCUGCAAAAAGCUUUAUGGAACUUUCUAAACUUUUGUAUUGUUAAAUAAUGUUAGGGAGUGCAGAUUCCUGUUAUAAAGUGUUAAACUACUGUUUUAUUGAACAUAUCUAUAAAAAUUGAAACCACUGUUUUAUUUAAAGUAUCUAAAAAAAUGUAUUAUGUGCAGUCCUUAUACUAUCAAUAUUGCAUAUCAGAAUUAUAU